UGCAAUAUAUCAAAACUUUCUCUUAGGAAUUUGUUAUUCACACAGAAGUCUAUAUAAAGCGAUAGCUAGAGAUUUUAUAAAUAGAACGUAUGCAUCCAUAGACUGGCAACAUAAUGGCCCUACAUGGGUUGUGUAGUGUUGUCAUAAAUAAAUAAAAAAUCAACACGAAUACCGACAUAUGACUGGAGUCUGUUAAUAAUGAAAUAAUUAUUGUUAUUUUUCAAUAUCUAUUUAAUUAUUGGGACAUCAGCUGGAAAAAGAGGCGAACCGAAAUAAUAGUUAAAUAUAUAAGACGUGAAAAAAAAUCUCGGUUUUAAAGUUUCUACCAUAUAUGAGUAUAGUAUGAUGAUUUUCUUUAAACGCACACAACAAUCGCAUUACAAUAUUAAUCGGAGCAUCGUAAGCACUUGACGACGUCACCGAGGGCCAGUGGCUGCAAGCUUUGGCUAGGUCUCGCCGCAAUCAGUGUCGAGCAACAGCGAGAUGCAGGCGCGGCUACUCUUGCUGGUGCUGUGGUGCGCCAGCGCAGCACAUACGGCGCGCAUACUAGCCGUCUUACCCACUAACACCAAGAGCCACUAUGCCAUGUAUGGGAGGAUACUAGACGCCCUCGUCUCCAAACAACACCAGUUGACUGUCAUCUCACACUUUCCCAGGAGAGACCCACCAAUAAAUUUAGAAGAAAUAAGUUUAGCAGGAACUAUACCGGAAAUCACGAAUAAUUUGACGAGACAACAAAGUACUUUUAAACCAGACUUUGUUAGAAAUUUGGAACAAAUCAUAAAGGAAUGCCUUCAAGCCUGUGAAGUUGUAUCUCGAAUGCCCGCUGUAAGAGCAAUGCUGAACUCUACAACCCACUUCGAUUUAAUUAUAGUUGAAGUGUUUGGGUCUGAAUGUUUUCUACCGUUGGGCAAAAGGUUUAAUGCACCAGUGGUUGGUCUACUGUCUAGCGUAGUUUUGCCAUGGGUCAACGACCAAGUAGCGAACCCAGAAGCACCAUCGUACAUUCCAUCUUACGUGACCAGUUAUGGACAAAGAAUGAACUUGUGGGAUCGCUUCUUGAACACUUUUGCAGUCAUUUGGGCUAAGGCAAUUUAUCGAUACAAGUCACAGAUGCCUUCACAGUUGAUAGCUGAUAGGUUGUUUGGACCUGGUCACAACUUGGAGUUAUUGUCACAAAACUACAGUUUAAUCCUUGCGAACAGCCACUUCAGUAUUAACGAGGUUCGACCCUUAGUGCCCGCAUUAGUAGAAGUUGGAGGGCUCCAUCUAAAUGACGCAGUUAAAAUGCCAAAGGAUCUAAAACGGAUAUUAGAUAAUGCCAAUGAGGGAGUCGUUUAUUGGAGCUUUGGGUCUAUGUCGAGAAUAGAGACCAUACCACACGAGAAGCUCGUUCAAAUAUUCGCCGCAAUGUCUGAAUUGCCACAACUAUUUUUAGUCAAAAUGAAUCGCGCCAUACUAUCCAAUAAUAUAACAGUGCCGGAGAAUGUAUAUGCUAUGGACUGGAUACCACAGUAUAAAACUUUGUGUCACCCGAAUGUUAAGAUCUUUAUAUCCCACGGUGGGUUGUUGGGAACUCAGGAGGCAGUGGCUUGCGGAGUGCCAAUGCUCGUUGUACCUUUGUAUGCAGACCAAGCAUUAAACGCCCGUGCAAUGAGCGACCGCGGUCUCUCCCUUACAUUAACCCUAUCAGAAAUUACGAAGGAUUCCAUUAAGACUGCCUUACACAAUUUACUUUCAAAUUACCGUUACAAAGAAAAUGCGCUACGACUGAAAGAUAUAUUUCUAGAUCGACCAAUGCCUCCUUUAGAGACAAGUGUGUACUGGAUUGAGUAUAUUUUGAGGCAUCAGGGGGGGGCUCAUCUUCGAUCACCAGCCCUUGAUUUAUCUUUCACACAAUACCUUCUAUUAGAUGUACUUACUAUUAGCAUAGCUUUAACAGCAAUGACAAUUUAUAUUUUAUAUAAACUUUUUCGCUACCUUUGCACAAGAUGUAUUCGGUGGUGGCCAAAGCAGGUCAUAGCCCAAAAAAGACUUUUAAGAAAAAGUAUGACAGUAUUCCACUGUUUCCUUUGGGUUUAUAAAAUAAAAACUAAUUAAGAUAUAAUGUAAGUGUUAAUAUUUUUGUGAGUAUUUAUUUGUACAUUGUAGUUAUAACAAAGACUUAAUACAUUUAAUUUUAUUCAAUUGAAUAAUACAAAUGUAAUUAGACAAUUUGAUGUUAUAUGUUAAUAGAGAACUUAGAAAAUAUUUAAGCCUUCGAGAAAGUGUAAAUAAAUGUAUAUUUUAAAAACAUA